UAUAAAAGCAUGUUGGGCCAGUCCUCAGCAUCCUAGUUCACCACUGUCUGCUGCCACACGAUGCUGGGAGGCCUGGGGAAGCUGGCUGCCGAGGGCCUGGCCCACCGCACCGAGAAGGCCACCGAGGGAGCAAUUCAUGCCGUGGAGGAAGUGGUGAAGGAGGUGGUGGGACAUGCCAAGGAGACUGGAGAGAAAGCCAUUGCUGAAGCCAUAAAGAAAGCCCAAGAGUCAGGGGACAAAAAGAUGAAGGAAAUCACUGAGACAGUGACCAACACAGUCACAAAUGCCAUCACCCAUGCAGCAGAGAGCCUGGACAAACUUGGACAGUGAGUGCACCUGCUACCACGGCUCUUCCCCAGUCUCAAUAAAAAGCCAUGACAUGUGUACAUUGAGCGCUGGAUUUAUUCCCAUUUGGAUGGAAACACUAGGCAAAGUAUUUUCUUGUUGAUAUAACAUAUUUUACAUAUUUAUGGAGUACAUUUAAGUAUUUAUUACAUGCACAGAAUAGUGAUCAAUCAGGGUGUUUGGGGUGUCUAUCACCUUGAAUAUUUGGUAUUACUAUGUGUUGGGUACAUUUCAAGUCCCUUCU